CAUACAAGCCGGCUAUGCAUUUAUUUGAUCAGAGCUUCAGUGGAAGUGGUUGAACUACAUUUUCGCUUUGCUGGUGUCUGCAAUUCAACGAAACACAUUCAUUGACUUUUCUCUGAUCCUCCUCCUACCGCUUGGCUUCUUUAAAACGACGAUUUGUUGGAUUAUCUUUUUCAGCUUUAACUCGAUCUUCCUCACCGACUUCCGCUGCAUCGGCACGUAUCAUACGCAUAGCACUUCAAUAAACAAGUCCUACACUUGGCUUUAAUUUAAAGAGUCCAGCCAAAUCCAUCAUCUCUAGAUGCCACGCACUUGACAAUCAAGCUUCUCUCUUCGCCAUUUUUGACUUGCUUGCUUAGGUCAUGGCCUCCGCCGCAGCCGCCGCCGCCGCCAACCGUCACCCUCAAGGAUCUUCCUCGACAACAGCGUUUUGCUCAACUACUGCGAAAUCACUGCUUGGCUUGGCACCAAGCGGGAGGUUUGGAGUCCAUAAGAAGCUCUCUCACGGCCAUGGACUGAGAAUCCGAGCAACUUCCGGCGACGGCAACAAGGUGGAGGUACCAAGGCAGUGGUACAACCUCAUCGCUGAUCUCCCUGUAAAACCUCCUCCUGCUCUGCAUCCGAAGACACACAAGCCACUUAAACAAGAAGAUCUAUCGCCCCUUUUCCCAGAUGAGUUGAUCAAGCAAGAGGUCAGCGAGGAGAGGUUCAUCCCUAUACCGGAGGAAGUCAUCGACAUCUACAGGCUCUGGCGGCCAACCCCUCUUAUCAGAGCCAAGAGACUAGAGAAACUGCUUGAAACACCUGCAAGGAUCUACUAUAAGUAUGAGGGCACAAGCCCUGCAGGAUCUCACAAGCCCAAUACUGCAGUCCCACAAGCAUGGUACAAUGCUCAGCAGGGAGUGAGGAACGUCGUGACCGAAACCGGUGCAGGCCAGUGGGGCAGCUCUUUGGCUUUUGCUUGUAGCCUAUUCGGUCUCAAUUGUGAAGUUUGGCAGGUUCGCGCUUCUUAUGAUCAGAAACCUUACCGGAAACUCAUGAUGCAAACAUGGGGAGCUAGAGUUCAUCCGUCACCCUCUACAGUCACCAAUGCUGGCCGAAAAAUCCUUGAGGAUGAUCCUAUGAGCCCCGGCAGUCUAGGGAUUGCAAUCUCUGAGGCAGUUGAGGUUGCAGCUGCUCAUGAGGACACCAAGUAUUGUUUGGGGAGUGUUCUAAACCAUGUGUUGCUUCACCAAACUAUCAUCGGGGAGGAAUGUCUUGAGCAACUGGCAGCGAUCGGUGAAACGCCGGACGUGAUCAUAGGCUGCACCGGCGGCGGGUCUAACUUCGGCGGGUUAACGUUUCCUUUCAUUCGGGAGAAGCUGAAAGGAAAAUUGAACCCCCUGAUAAGAGCUGUAGAGCCAGCAGCUUGUCCUUCUCUGACCAAAGGCAUUUAUGCCUAUGAUUAUGGCGACACUGUCGGGAUGACACCAUUGAUGAAGAUGCAUACUCUCGGUCAUGACUUUGUCCCUGAUCCAAUUCACGCAGGCGGUUUGCGCUACCAUGGAAUGGCACCACUAGUUUCUCAUGUUUAUGAGAUGGGAUUCAUGGAAGCUAUAUCACUUCCUCAAACUGAAUGCUUUCGCGGUGCCUUGCUGUUUGCACGAACAGAGGGUCUAAUUCCGGCUCCAGAGCCAACUCACGCCAUUGCUGCUGCAAUUAGAGAAGCACUGCACUGUAAAGAGACGGGCGAAAAGAAAGUCAUACUGAUAGCAAUGUGUGGGCAUGGACAUUUUGAUCUGGCUUCCUAUGAGAAGUAUUUGGAAGGCAACAUGGUUGAUCUCGACUUCUCCAGUGAAAAGGCACAAGCAUCGUUGGCUGCCAUCCCUCAAAUUGUUCCCUGAAGCUGAACACAUCGAUUGCAAUAACUCUUUCAUCGAAAAAUUUGUAAUCUGCAAGUUGCAAGGACGAGUUUUUAUUAGCUGCUUCAUUUGAUAAUAUCAAACUCUUUUCAUCU